AAGUUUAUAAACAAAAAUGUUUAGCACACGUAUGUUUAACUGCACGUGCAAUUGACUGCACGUACGCGCGCGCGCGUGCAUGCAAUGGGCCGCACGUAUCGCAGACGCCGUCGCCGUCGCCGCUGCCGACCACUGACGGCGACCAUCAACACUGGCGAUGACCACCAGAAAAUACGAUCGUUGAUUGGUUGGCUACGAAAUAAGGACCGACGGCUGGCCGUUGGCCGGCAGCGAUCAAAAUUUAUGUCAUCGGCCAAACUACGGCCGCAUCGGUUUGCCAGUACUGGACGCGGACUUCAGUGUUGUCGACGGCAGCACAUCGGCGCCGGUCAGCUGUUGCUAGCGAUUCCCAUCCAAUCGAUGAUCACACGAAACACUGUACUCGACGAUAGUCCUGACCUACCAAUUGAUGGCCGGCGUCGUCGGACAGAGUUAUCGGACGUUGAAUUGUUGACCGCAUGGAUCUAUUGGGAACGUCAGAAAGCCGAGGCCAGCCAUUGGUCGGACUAUUUUCAAUCGCUGCCCGACCGUUUCGAUGAGUUGCCAUACAUGUGGCCCAAUGUCCAGGAUAUUUGCCGAUCGUUGCCCGUAUCGUUGGCCACCGAAUUGAUGGCCGCACGCAACACAUAUCGGCGAUCGAUGGCCAAAGUGUUUGACGAGUUAGGCCUCUGUCUUCUUGACAACAAUGACGACAACGACGAGCAGCGGCUAUUCAACUGGUCGUUUGGUGCGGUCAACACACGAUGCGUCUAUUUGGACACCGAUGACUGUUCCCGAAGCUGUGCCCUGGCCCCGUUCCUCGACCUGCUCAACCAUUCGGCUACGGCCAAAGUGACGGUCACCGUCAACCGCGACAACAACCAGUCGUACGAAAUCUAUACCGACUGCCACUAUCGGCCCUACGAUGAAGUAUUCAUCAGUUAUGGCAAUCACGACAACCGAUUUCUAUUCAUUAACUAUGGUUUCUGUUGUUUCGGUGAUACCGGCAAUAAUAGUUUGGCCAAUGAUUCGAUACCCGUUAGCUAUAGACAAGUACGGGAUGUGUUGUUGGACAACAAUAGCAACAACAAUAUCUCCGAUAGACAACAAGUGAUGUCGCGUUUGAAGACACUGUUGAGGUUAGACUUUUGCAACGAACGACAAGUCUAUUGGCUUCAGAGCCAGUCGUUUGAUUGGCGUUUAGACAUUAUCCUGCGUUUACUAUCACUGAAUAGCUGGUCCAACGAUACGACAGUCAAACAGUGGAUAUAUAACGCCGACGGCGGCGCCGGUGGUGGUGGUGGAAGUGUUGAGCUCGACAUAGACGAAGACAUUGUCUAUCGUAGACUUAAGCGAUCGAUUGUCGACAGUCUUAUCAGUGAAUACGAUAUCAAUGUCACAAAUGAAUGGUCAUUAUUAGGUGAUAAUAGAGGCAAUGAUUGUCUGAAACAAUUGCUUAGCAAUGAGUUUGCAAUACUAUCGGCAUUUCUAACCGAUUUAUAG